AUGCUUCUAGCUGCGGCUCACCCUGAUCUCCAAGAAGACAGACGCUUCAUGCUCGACUGUGUGAGGAAGACCCGCUGCUGGUGGCUUCCCCACUUCGCAGAAAACGGUGAACUCGUCAAGGACAAAGACUUCAUGGCUCAGUGCCGUGCCGAGGUGGGCACGGGCCUGGUGUUCACCUACUAUCAGAACUUCGCCUGCGCCGAAGAUAUGCGAACGAAGUUUCCGACUGCCGGGGCCUCCGUGCCGGGAGGCCAGGCCUACGACCGGGUGAUGACGAAGUUGCGAGAUCCUACAAGGCACGGCACGGCCACCGUGUGGUUUGGUGAUGAACCCGUCUUCGGACACUCUGCCGCUGACGGCACCUGGGUGCACCCAAGCACCGACUGCGGGCGAGACGAGGUGCCCGUGCCUCCGGCCGAGUCUCGAGACGUGAAAUGGAAGUCUUCCGUGGACUCGCGCAGCAGUUCCCUGGAGCCCGCGACUGGCGCAAAAUACAGAUGCUGGUGCUGCCACUGGCUCCGGGAGGUGCGCCGGCACCAUGAGCUGGGCGAAGUCAUCUGCUGCGCUGUUUCCAACAUCUACGACGAAGAUUGGGUGGAGGACUAUGGAGCUGGAUCCUCAGAGCUUUCGGACAAGGAUGCCGAGAAGCAUGGGCUGCCCAAGGAGACCUUUCGAAAUGGUCGCCCCGAAGGCUGGGGUGAAGGCCGCAUCUGUAUCUCUGAUGAUCUGACUGAUAUUGGCUCUGCAUUCGACCGCGCUGCCGCGGUUCACCCUCGGACGCAACUGCCGCUGGGGGUGGGCUGCCGCUGGGAGCGCCAGGCCCUGGACGGCAUGGAGUUCCCCGUCUAUGCCUUCUUCAUGCCCUGCGGGGAAGGCCCAGACAAUUCACGAGGCCAGCUCCUCGCAUUCUGUGCUGUUGUCUACGGCAACAAGGUCAAAGAUGCUGGCAUUCUGCUGUUCUACAGCUCUGUAAGCGUGGAGCUACAGGCAGCCGGCAAGAUGAGCACGCUCCCGAGCCAAGUUCCUUCGCACCCGCAGACUGCCGGGGCUGAAGCGGCUGACGAUGCUGCCGGUGGAGAUCUCUUGCGAGCGGCGGCGCAGGCAGGGCAUGUGGCCAUCAAAGGGGAUGUUAGCCCAGAUGGCGAAGCCCCCGGCGAGAACGGCGCGGGGACCACUGGGCUUCUUUCUGAAGUGGAGAUGUCUGGGGAGAUGUUUGCGGAAGCCCAGUGCCAGAAUGCCUCUGCGCCGAGUGAGAUGGGAAGCCUGGAUCUAAUGGCCGGCGGAGAUGAGGCGCUGUCGACUCCAGCAGCUGCAGGGCGCACCUCCGAAGGUUCUGGCUGGCUUCGGUUGAAGAAGUGUGCAGAUGACAGGGAUCCUGUGGUAGAGAUGGGCCGCCAGCCACUGGAGCCCCGGGUGCCGCAGCCCAGCGAGGUGCAUGAGGCCAUGGACAGCAUCCACAGAGGCCGCGAUGGGCCGGCACCAAGCGAGAUGGGAGGCCCACAUCCACCAGCGGGCGCAAACAAGGCAGCCAUCCACUGGAGCCCCGAGAUCUCCAUUCUGCCGAGGAUGAGGACAGAGCUCUUUGGAUCCACGUCUUACUCAUUUGACUCGCAGUCUGGGAGUCUUGGACCAAAAGAAUUGGAUGGCAGCGAGAACGGAGCGCCGCAGCAGUCAGCAAGCCGGCACGAGGUGCUUGAGGCCACGGACAGCAUCCACAGAGGCCCCGAAGGACUGGCGCCAAGCGAGAGGGGAGGCCCCCGUCCACCGGUAGGCGAAAACGAGGAGUUUUGCGAUGCGGCGAAGCUGUGGGAAGAUGGCUGUGAGGCGCAGUUGACUCCAGCAGCUGCCGGGCGCGUCUCCGAAGGCUGUGGCAGUCAUCUGCUGGAGCCCCGAGAUCUCCAGCCUGGCGAGAACGAGGCGCCUGUGUUGCGAAAGAAGCUGGACAGCAAGGCGUGGCUCCGAGUGUCUGAGGAUGGCCCAGAGGCUUCAGCGCCUGCGGAGAUCAAGGGCCCGGAACCACCAGCAUGCGGCGAAGAGCAGGCCGGAAUCGCGUCCGGCUUGCCGAUUCUUUCGGGAGCCCAGCCAGCUGCACAGGAGGCUGAGUACUUCUCUGCCCUGGUAGAGAUCCCUGUGGCGAAGCUCUUCGACGGCAAGCUGGGCCUUUCCCUCAACCACAGACUGGAGGCCCAGAAGUUUCAAGUGGUGAAUGGCGAGAUGGUCUUACCGCUGGCUGUGGCCUGCACUUCCUUUUUUCUUCUCAGCAGCUGUGACAGGCCUCGGACUUUGGAUGGAGUCCGGGGGAUCGGAUUUGUUUUCUCUUCACAGCCAUCUGCCUGCAAAGAAGUGUCUGGACAGGAGCUCAUGACAGUCUAUGCCGCUGCCAAACAGCAGCUUCCCAUCCACUUCACCGUGUCUGCUCCGCUCAAGUUCAGGAAGAAGCGUACUGCUCCGAAAGUUCUUUGCUUUACAUUGCUUUCCAUUGUGCUCGUGGCUACUGUUGAUAAGUUUGCAAAGGCUCGCCCCGCACCGCCAUACUGUGCACCUGAGAAAGCGCUUCUCACUUCGCAGGAGCGCCGCCGGCCGCUGGGAGCCGAAGAGUUGGCGCAAAGCGAUUUCAACGAAGCUCUGCGCUGGCAUCCCGAGCUUCUGUGUGCGGCUCACACUGAUCUCCAGCAAGACAGAUGCUUCCUGCGCGACUGCGUGAAGGCCACCAAAUGCUGGUGGCUCCCGCACUUCGCGAAGAACGGCGAGCUGGCAAAGGAUGAAGCCUUCAUGGCCGAGUGCAAGGCCUCGGCCGGCACUGGCCUGGUCUUUACCUACUACCGGAGCUAUUGUUGCUUCGACAAGAUGCGAGCGUGGUUCCCGACCGCGGGGGCCUCCGUGCCAGGAGGCCAGGCCUACGACAAGGUGAUGGAAAAGCUUGGGAUGCUCUCAGCCCUGCAAAAGCUUCAGGGGAUGUUGGGAGUGGUCAGUGGUGCGCGAACUGUUGCGAACGCGUCCUCAGGCACGGCGACCGUCUGGUUCGAUGACGAACCCGUUUUCGGACAUUCUGCCGCUGACGGCGGCUGGGUGCAUCCAAGCACCGACUGCGGCCGAGACGAGGUGCCCGUGCCCCCGGCCGAGUCUCGAGACAUGAAAUGGCAGUCUCGCGUGGACUCGCGCAGCGCCUCCCUGGUCGGCGGCUCAGAGGGGCUCGCAGAUGGAGUUGUAUCAUCCAAGCACUGCUUGCCAGCAGUGCUCAGAGUUUCCGCUGCUGCCCAGGCUGGUGCUGCCACUGGCUCCGGGAGGUACGCCGGCACCAUGAGCUUGGCGAAGUCAUCUGCUGACUGGGUGGAGAAGUACGGAGCUGGAUCCUCAGAGCUUUCGGACAAGGAUGCCGAGAAGCAUGGGCUGCCCAAGGAGACCUUUCGAAAUGGUCGACCCGAAAGCUGGGGCGAAGGGCGGAUCCGCACGUCUGGUGGCCCUGAAUUCGACCGCGCUGCCCCGGUCCACCCUCGGACGCAACUGCCGCUGGGGGUGGGGUGCCGCUGGGAGCGCCAGGCCCUGGAUGGCAUGGAGUUCCCCGUCUAUGCUUUCUUCAUGCCCUGA